UUUAGCAUAUCAUCUGGCCGAUCUUAUCGAAAAUGGUAGAAAUUUUCAAUGCCAUGUUUUUAAUGUUAAUUUCCAAAUCUUUUGUUUUUUUGGGAUCAUUGCGACUGCGCAACAAGAUGGAAACAUUUACGGCGCUAAUUUUUUGAGUUCAUCAAGCAGUCAGAUUUUACUCAAUUGUAUUGAAGUUAACUAAAGCUCACAGAAAAUGUUGUUAGUUUUGAAAUUCGAAACUAGUUCAGCUACAUUUUCGUUCAAGUAGAACGUGUCAAGAGUCUGGAGAAUCUAGCUCAAGGUUUCCUUUUCCUUCCCCCCUUUUUAUCACCUGAGAUGACAGCUCAAUAGCAUCUCUUCUCUGCAAGAAUUGCAUUAGUCGCGAUCCGUUGUCUUUGAUGGUCAGCGAUUUUGCGAUGCUGCAAAAUCUUUAAUUUCGCCUUCCGCUAUAAGUUGCGAAUGUCAAGGUGAAGGUUGGCCAGGUGAUAAAUAAAGUGAUCGAAACUUAAUGGGUGCGAGUCUGUCGUCUGUCUCAUUAAUAACUUGAAAUUUUCCACCCAUUUACCUUUGAAUAGAGUGCUCUAUAGGCUGAGAUCGCAAAUAUUAUACAAAACAAAUUGAAACUUACACCAGAAUAAUUUUAGUUCGAGGAGCAGUCAGUCAGCAACAAUUGCAAAAUGAGAGUUCCCACCAUGUUGUCGGACUUAGAUCAGCUGCCCACACUCCAGGUGGGGGACUACACGCUCCAGUUCGACCUUCAGGAACCUUCCGCCCAGGGCAAGGAGGUGGCCAUCAAGGAGCUUCGGGAAACGCCAGAGCGCCAAAAGGAGGCCAUCAAGGAGCUGGCUCGGCUCUUAGAGGCGGAAACCGAUUUACUGUAUCCCAAGGACAACGACGAGUGGCUGAUCCGAUACCUGCGCCCCUGCAAGUAUUAUCCAGAAAGUGCCCGCGACUUGAUCAAGCGAUACUACGCCUUCAAGGUGAAGCAUUCGGAUGUGUACAACAACCUCAAGCCGUCCAGAGAGUCCAACAUUUUUAAGCACAAUAUACUCACCGUCUUUCCCAAUAGAGAUCAGUGUGGGCGACGUAUUUUGGUUCUUGAAUUGGGCAAGCGCUGGAAGCACAAGCAAGUCACCUUGGAUGAGGUCUUUAAGGGCGCUGAUUUCCUGGAGGCGGCCAUGCUGGAACCGGAAACACAGAUUUGCGGUGCAGUGGUUAUCUUCGACAUGGAUGGCCUUAGCUUGCAGCAGACCUGGCAAUUUACACCGCCAUUUGCUAAGAGGAUUGUGGACUGGCUGCAGGACUCUGUACCACUUAGGAUUAAGGCCAUUCACAUUGUGAACCAGCCGAAGAUCUUCAAUGUGGUAUUUGCUCUGUUCAAGCCAUUCCUCAGGGAGAAGCUGCGCUCCAGGAUCAUCUUCCAUGGCACAGAUCGCGAGUCCCUGCACAAGUAUAUGUCGCCCAAGUGCCUGCCCACCGCCUACGGCGGUAUCCUUGAGUCCAGCCGGAUUGACAGUGAUCAAUGGUACCAGCUGCUCCUCAAGUGCGAUUCCGAAUUCGAUGCCAUCAAUUCGUACGGCUACAAGAAGAAGUGAUCAACUGUCUGUAUCCGCUCUAAACAUUGUGUAGAUUCCGCCGGAAGCAAGUGAUAAUCAGCUACCCAAUAGUUUUUUAUAACUCACAUUAUAGUUAAGCACUCGAUCUGUUAUACGCUUGUCCUGUUAGUGAAUAGCGCCUAGAGUUUGCCUUAGUCUUAAUCAGGGUCGAUGCUUCGAUCGAAUCCAGCAAAAGUGUUAUACCCACAUAUUAUAUUUAGUUCCGGGGUAAGCGUAUUUAUAUCAUGUUACUAUUGUACAUUUUAAACCAAAUUUGUUGAAAUAUAACCUCACGUUUGUGCAGAAAAAUGGUCUCUCAA